AUGUCAGGCAGAAGUGUUUGUGGGAAGAAGUAGAACAGCAAAGGCAAUAAAGGUGUGCCCCUAGCCUGUGAGCGUAGCGUGUGUCUGACCUUAUUGAUAUUUAGUGAGGGAACAGUAUUGAAAAAUGGCACGGAAACCUUUGAAGCCUGGGAGGAUCCUCCUCCACCAGUCUACAUGCAGUUCUACUUCUUUAAUGUGACAAAUCCUUUGGAAGUGCUUCAAGGUGAUACUCCUCUUGUAGAGGAAAUAGGGCCAUACACCUACCGAGAAUACAGGCCAAGAGUGCACGUUCAGUUUUUGGACAAUGGUACCAAAGUAUCUGCUCUGAAUCCCAAGACGUAUGUAUUUGAACCUCAGAAGUCAGUUGGAGACCCUGAAGUGGACCUGAUUAGGACAGUUAAUGUUCCCGCAGUGACUGCAAUGGAGUGGACCAGGUCAACCCCUCUUCAGUUUGCGACAGAGGUGCUGCUGCUUCUGUACCAGGAAUCCCUGUUCACAGUUCACACUGUCCAUGAAUUACUGUGGGGCUACAAAGACAGGCUCUUGUCAACCAUUCAUCUUUUGCAUCCUGAGAUAGACCCAGUGUUUGGUUUCUUUAAUAAGAUGAACGGAACUGAUGAUGGAGAAUAUGUUUUCCUAAGUGGGGAAAUGAACUACCUUAACUUCUCAAGGAUUGUGGAAUGGAAAGGAAGAGAGUCAUUGAGCUGGUGGACAACAGAGACAUGUAACAUGAUCAAUGGAACAGAUGGGACAUCCUUUCAUCCGCUGAUUAGCAAAGAUGAGAACAUUUAUAUCUUUUCAUCUGAUUUCUGCAGAUCUUUGUACUUGGUGUACGACAGCUCGGGAACUGUUGCAGGCAUUCCAACCUACCGCUUUGUGCCCUCUGCUAUGGUAUUUGCCAACACAACGGUUAACCCAGGCAAUGCUGGAUUCUGCGUACCGCCGGGAAACUGUCCUGGCACUGGUGUCCUCAAUGUCAGCGUCUGUAAGCAAGGUGCUCCAAUAUUUCUAUCAGCUCCACAUUUCUACCAAGCAGAUCAAAAGUUUAUAGAGGACAUAGAGGGCAUGCACCCAAAAAAGGAGUAUCACGAGACAUUUCUGGACAUCAAUCCUUUGACAGGGCUCGUCCUGAAAGCAGCCAAGAGGAUGCAGAUCAAUGUUCACAUCAGAAAAUUACCUGAAUUUUUUGAAACGGGCAACAUUCGAACGCUGAUUUUCCCGGUCAUGUAUAUAAAUGAGAGUGUUCUGAUUGAUGAAGCAUCUGCCAGCAAACUCAAGCACGUCCUGCUGGAAGCCAGUGUUGUAACUGGAAUCCCCUUCAUAAUCAUGGCUCUAGGAAUUGUUUUUGGGAUUGUUUUUAUUGUGCUGGUGUGCAGGUCCCGAGGAAUAAGUGAAGAGAGUACUGAAGAUGAAAGGUCGCCGCUCAUCAGGACAUCUUAG